AUGAAUCAUUGUAAGCAAAAGAACACGUGUACAUACGGAUCAAGAUGGCGAGUGAAAAAGCUCACGUACAAAAUAAGCAAGUAUCCAAGGUCGCUCGAUAAAGCAUCAGUGGACAAAGAUAUUGCCCGUGCGUUUGCGGUCUGGUCAGAGUACACGGACCUGACUUUCACGCAGAAAAAGUCCGGACAGGUACACAUUGACAUAAGAUUCGAACGCGGGGAACACGGAGACGGCGAUCCAUUUGACGGACCAGGUGGAACUCUUGCUCACGCUUACUUCCCGGUUUACGGCGGCGAUGCACACUUCGAUGACUCUGAGCAUUGGUCCAUUAACAGUUAUCGCGGGACCAAUUUGUUCCAAGUAGCCGCUCAUGAAUUUGGUCAUUCUCUGGGUCUUAGUCACAGCGAUAUCAAAGCUGCGCUGAUGGCUCCUUUCUACCGCGAUUACUACUGGAAGUUAACGGACGACGGUGUAGCCAGUGGGUAUCCUAGACUGAUAAGUAGUUCCUGGAAGGGAUUGCCAGGAAAAAUCGAUGCUGCCUUCACGUAUAAAAAUGGGAAAACUUAUUUCUUCAAGGGCUCUAAGUACUGGAGGUACGUCGGCAAGAGAAUCGACGGUGAUUAUCCGAAGGAUAUCAGCGAGGGAUUCACUGGAAUUCCCGACAAUAUUGACGCCGUCACCGUUUGGACGGGAAACGGAAAAAUUUAUUUCUACAAGGGAACUAAAUUCUGGAGAUUCGAUCCUGCUCAACGACCACCAGUUAAAAGCACUUACCCGAAACUUAUUUCUAAUUGGGAAGGAGUGCCCAAUAAUAUGGACGCGGCGCUCACGUAUCACGGGUACACGUAUUUCUUCAAAGAUAAUGCGUACUAUCGGUUUAACGACCGAACAUUCUCGGUGGACGUAGCUGAUCCAGCGUUUCCACGAGCGACAGCAUUCUGGUGGUUCGGGUGCAAAUCAGCGAGUCGAGGGACACUAGGUAAUAUCGCAUGGAAAAAUAAUUACUUAGUAGACCCUUCAGAAAAUGGAAACUCGGAAAAUAACGGCGGUGAUUUCCUUAGCGAUGACUAUGAUAAAGGAAAUGAUGGAGAGGUCAUGUUUGAUACAGGAAGUACUGAUGAACUAGUAACCUCCUCGAAUCAAGACUCUGCUAAUUCUGGAGCUGUUUCUAUCUUCUCGAGGGGAUUCCUGAGGCUAGCCAUCGCUGCGACGGCCCUGAUUAUCACUAAGACCUUUAUAAUUACGUAG